GUCAGCAGCAGGUAAACAAACCCAUCUCACUGGGAAGCAGAGUCAAACAAAGCGUCUGCACUGUUUUUUCGUUUUUUUUUGCAAUUGUCAUGGCGAGAAAGAUGACAGUCGAAUACGACGUGCAUCUGCUGUCACAACCCCAUUAAAAUAACUGCAGAACCGGAGUUCAAAACCGUGAGCUCGACUGAGUUGACGUUUGUGAAGCUGCAGCAUCAGAGAAGAGGCUGAGAUCUGCGAGUGAUGCACUGCAGCACAUCGGAGAAAAUGGGCGCUUUUAGCCGUCAUUUGAAAGGAGUGUGUCACAUCCGAGAUGUCGGUUGGCUUCUUUAGCUACCGUUUAAUUUAACAACCCACGCUGGAUUCGGCACAGCAUCCCCUGUGGUGCAACAUGGGGCCCAUUAUGCAGGAGCGCACUGCAUCCACGACGCUGAAACGCGUCGUUUCCAAAGAGAAGAUACGCGUUAAGAAUACUGAAAACAGCGGGACAGUGACCAGUUUAAAGAAAGGUAACAAGACGAAGAAGGCAGUGAGCCAAAUGAGAAAUGGCCUGCCAGGACCAGGUCAGGAUAAGGACGCAGUGACAUCAAUCCACAGGGGUGCACAAUCCAAAAGUGGAAGACUCAAGUCUAGCUCUACACGUAAUACUAACAACGUGUCCAGUCCUGAAGAGGAUGUAGAUUUGAGGCCUCAACUCCGCAAACACUCAUCUGUUACAAAAAAAGAGGAAAAACGAGAAAACCAACGGAUGCCAAUGCCACAGUGCAGUACUGAGCUCCUCCAGAAUCGUCAGGGGAUGGGGAAAAAUCGGCGAGCCCUCUCCCUGCCGCUUUCUCCAAUAUCAGGGCUACGCCACUCACCAGCUCUGCCCCUAUCACGCUCCCCCGCCCCCACCCCGGAGACACUACAGCAGCACUACAACCACAAGGAUGAAGACACUGACAGUGCCAGCGAUCUGUCCGACUCUGAGAGGUUGCCUGUCCUGCCCUCUCCGUGCACCCCCUGCACACCUCCUCACCUCAACCUGCGCGCAGAGAUCAUCAACAGUGAUGACUUCCCCCCAGACUUUCCAGGACCCCAUGGGAUAGCGGGUGAUGAAGAUGAGAGUGAAAUCCCCAAGUACGGUUACUCAGACUUCCUGCCUCCUCCUUUCAACAGCUGGAGUCUGAGACAGUUGGCGAUGUUUCUUCACACCGAGGGUCGCGGUGCCCCCCGGCCCAAGCCCGUGGGGCCCAUGGAGAAGUACCUGGAGAGGCUGCUGCAGCUGGAGUGGCUCCAGAUCCAAACAGUUCAAGCAGAGAACAGCCGCCCACCUGGGAGCCGUCCAAGGCCGCAGAGCUUCCCCUCUGCAGCUGCCACUCACAUAUCCAGGCCUCACACGGCACCGCCGUCCCGUCUCAACUCCCCCAAAGGGCUGCGGCAAAGCCAGCGAGCUUUUACCCCCGUCAGUAACCCCUUGUCACCUGCCUCGGCCCAACACCAGCUGUCCCGCUUUCCCGUCUGUCCACACUGUCACACCCGCUAUCCAUUGUGUAACGGCAGCUGCUCGGCCUAUGCGUACCAGCGCCACUCGCGUCUCAGCCCACUGCUCGAGCGCAAAACGCGAACCGGAGCAGCAGCAAAGAGAAGCAGCAGCGAGACUCGAGCGACCUCCGCGGAAAGCAGGAGCCCAGGAGGUCAAGGCGGAAACGGAGGAGGAGGAGCCCGGACCCCCGUGAGCCCGUCGGCUGGGAGGAGUCACCUCAGGCACAUGCAGGCCGCAGGUAAUGCCCGCAAGCCGCCCCACGAAUCUAGCGCCAAUCAAAACAGCAGAGGUCAGGUGAGGAAAAGCAGAGUCAGAGCUUACUCGGAGACAGAUGUCAAAAAGGAACCUGGAGGAGUUAAACCACCAAGCGCUGAGAAACGUGGUUCUGCUGCAAGUAAGAGGGAGAUCAUGACACCAACAAGAGAAGAAAAGGAUUAUCUGAGGAUAGAGGCAGGAGGUCAGGGCUGUAAAACCGCCAUGAAAAGAGCAUCUUCCUCCAAAGCUCAGCUAAGUAAACAGAAUGGCAAGACAAAAAAUGUCCACUUUGUUGCAAAGUAACUCCUAUAGACCUGAUGGAUAGAGCUUUACUUAGUAACAUAUACUUGCUUUUGGUGUAACGUGUGUAAUACAAGCACCUUCUAACUGUAUUACAGCAGACUAAUUAAUUCACUGGUGUACAGCCAUUAAACAGUUGAAACUAAGAGCGACCGAGCAGCUAGAAUUCAGAUAGACUAAAACUCCUUUCAUUUCAUGUAAAUGGCCAGGUAUAUUCAUAAUUGCUGAGCUGUGUAUUUAACAGAAGUCUGAGUAUGAACUUGAACUCUGAUUCUGUGAUUAAAAACAGCUUUUAUUUAAACUUCUAUUGCACUUGCAGAGCCAUCACUCAAUAUUCUACUAAUGUUAAAAUAGAAAUAAAAUAAGGAUCCACUGUUCUGCUGGACAGCUUUGAACACAAGUAAUCCAUAGUAGUGUUUAACAACAGUCAUCGCAUUUCAGUCAUCAAAUACUUGAGCAACUUUUGAUGGUGGAAUGUAUUUAUUUUCAAUUGUUUUCCUUUACUUGAUGUUUUCUUUUUUUAUUAUUUAUUUAUUUUGUGCCUCGUGUUUUAAAGUGUAUACUAAGUUGAAGCAUCUUUUAGUUGAAUGGGAGGCACGUUAAAGAGUGGGUUACUGCAAUACUGUGGUUGUUUUCAGAUAUGUUGUGCUAUGGUUUUACAUUUUUGGUUACAAGGGCUCUUGGUCUUUGACUCGCUGGAAUUGUCGUCAGUGAAAAUGUAUUUUGCAUAGAGCCAAGCUCCUCCUGUCGUUGAAGAUGGUGUAACGUUUGCUACGAAUGUAAAUGCAUAUUUUUCCAGAUUUUAUAUACCAUAGUUAUAUUUAUGAGAAGUGUUGUGUUGGACUUGUAUUUAUCAUUGACAUUGUUGAGUUUACAUUGCCACGCACAAUAAGAAAAUAUUUCGUAAAAAAGCUGAAUGUAACUAUGUCUCCUGUGCUGUCAUUAAAAUGAUUCAGUUGAAUUUUCCAAACGAAUCAUCGCUGGUCGACUGCAGCAUGGUGGUGUUUGGAAGAUCCACAUUCCACUGCAUACUUGACAUCUGUCGAACAUUGUUUACAUUAUAGUGCUGUAUCUGUUUCUUGUAUGAUUUAACAUGUGCAACUGAUUCGUGAGAACAAUAAAUCACAGAAAAAUGUGAAAUAUCUUAACCGCUUAUACUUUCACAAUAUCCAUGUAAAAUAUUCAAGCCAUAGGUAACGAACCAGGACACGCAAUAUAGUUGUAAACGUUGUACACUACAUGGACAUGCACGCUGAAAGAUUGUAGUAUGUAUUUUCUUGGUGUUGAAUGCAAGUGUUUGUAAGG